AUGCGAGUCAGCCUGCCGAAGACGUCUUCACCCGCCCCAGCCCAUCUCGUCUGUGCCACUCCCACUGGCAGUCCAGUCGCGACCGGCUGUCGUGCUCUUAAAUGGCUGCCUCUCAAACAACCCUUCCUUCCUUUGUACCACUCCCACCCCCACCCCCACUUCCACUUGAUCUGCAGACAUGCGCCAACCGUUGCAACAGAGACACGAACACGCAGAGCGAGCCGACGACUCAUGUCACUCGUCACUCGUCCUUCGGUACCAGCACCCCACCCCCACCCCCCAUCAAGCGUCACUCGUCACACGUUGCCUAACUCUAAACUCACGACUGCCCUCUCAACCCCUCAACCCAUCAACCCCUCAUCGCCAUUUCUCUUCUCCCCUCUUCACUUUGUCUAUUUUUCACUGACACACAAUACAAGCAAGCCCACGUCUGGCCAUCACGAUGCACAUCACUUUUGGCACCACACCGAAACUGGCUUUGUUUGCGGCUUGCCAUAG